CAGGCUCUUGUUAUGCUGGGGAAGAGAUUAUCGUCGAAGUACUUGUGACUGUUUCCAAAACAGCACAAGAAGGGGGAAGUCUUUCUGCAGAUGUUAUCCGUCGAAAACCCUCCAGAUCCCUCAUGUUCUACCAAAAGUUCACAACUGAAAAAUGAUGAAAGGGCUUCUGAUGGGCUUGCCCUGCAAGUGCCGGAUCUGCUAAAGAAGCAAGGUCUUGGUGGUACUGAUAAAUUCUCUAUAAGAGAUUAUGCUUUUGCAGCACGGAGCAAGGAUAUUUGUGCUAGCUGGCCUUUUCAUAAGAAGCAUUUACAAAUUUGCUUGAAGCAUGGCAUCAAGGAUCCGUUGCCACCGUUUGAAACUCCUGAUUCUGUAAGAAACCAGUGUUCCAGCAAGAUUAUUGCUCUAGGAUCCGAUCAACUGGGGAGAAACACUGUAGGGGAAGAAGGUUCAUUUCGGAAGGAAAACGCCAGUAAUCUAGAUGGGGAAUCUUGUCCACGAUUUGAUCCAUCAGUGUUAGUGUCUGCAGACGAAGCUCCAUCUCAAGUACAGGAGAAGGAGAAGUUUACAGUCUCCGAAGACAGGAGUUUAUGCCAAUUGGUGCCGGGUUUGGAUCAAGGUGAAAAAGGACAUAUUCCAUUGCGGGUCAGUCAUGCCCAAUGUAGGGGGAGUGAGUCAUCUCCCACUAGUAGGUUCCCUUUAUCAGCCCCCAACACUUUGCCAGAGGCCUCAGUGGAACUUGAGGUUGCAGGAGCUCCUUGCACACUCCACAAGCCUGGAAUAGCAAUUGAAUCGAAGGGUAAGAAGUGCAGAUUAAUAGUAAAAUUGGGUAGCAUCUCUAAUCUCAGUAACACCAACGAGCAUACAUUGAACACUACUACCAUAUCAGACUCCAUGGCUUCAAAAGUUUGCCCUGUUUGCAAGAUGUUCUCAUCUACUUCAAACACUGCACUGAAUGCUCAUAUUGACCAGUGCCUUGCGGUGGAAUCCACUUCCAAGUUGGCUCUGAAUUCUAAACUGGGCAAACACCGGGUGAAACCAAGGAAAAAGAGGUCAAUGGUGGACAUCUGUGCAUCUGCACCACGUUGUACACUCGAAGAGCUUGAUAGGAGGAAUGGUUCAAAUUGGGCUGCAGAUUUAAGGAUGUCUUCUGCAAGUGUCGAGGUUCGCACCGAAGGGAAAAAACAAAGGCUGUCUAACAUGCCUCUCGAGGAUGAUGAAGAAGAUAAUGCAGUCUAUUUUGAUUCUAAUGGCACAAAGAUUCGGAUUCUAUCUAAAUUUAAGGACACACCAGUGUCAACAGUUGGGAAGGAUUUCAAACCCAGGAAGCAUAUGAGAGAUUGUAAAGAUAUCAAGAACUUCUCUACUGUAAAGAGAAGACGUAUUGCACCCAGACAUUCUAAGUACAUGAACCUAAAGCUUCAGACUGAGUCACUCUCUCAAAAGCCAGAUCGGGCUGAGAUAUAUGGGGCCUCGGGAGGGAAGCAUGGGAUGGAGGAAAGUCUCAAGAAAGAAGAAUCUCUAUCUCAACUCCUGAAAGUUUGUGAUCAGAUCAAACCCAGUGAGUCACGAGCUGUAGGACAGUGGGCAUGCUCCAAACGAACUGGUCUGUCAAAGAAGUUUUGUGGCCAAGAUGGGAGUCAUAAUCCUGACUGGGAUUGUUCAUCACUAGAGCUGAUGGACUCACUGGAUAGUAGUGAUCAAUUAAACUUGAGAAAUUAUUCUAUGGAGAGGAGUCAAAUUUGUAAACUUCCAAACUCAUCAUCUGAAGAUCCUACCUCUUCUCCGAAAAGCAAGAAGGUAGGAAGUCUGUCAUAUGGAGCCCCAGUCAUUUCCAAUAAAAAGAAAUGUUCGAGACUAGCAGCAGGUGGUCUUAGUCGGUUGAGUAACGGAAGCACUUCUUCUGAACUUGAUGGAUGUAUGCCGAAGCUUUCAAGAUCUUUAAGAAAUCAUGCUGGAUCACCACGACGUAUGAGAAUUGAAAUUCAUGCAGACCCAGUCAAAAGCUCCAAUGGUUUGCCCAAGAUGGCAUCACAACAAUCUAGGACUUCUCAUCUUUUGUCAGCAAAAGGCAAGAAAUCCACUUUGAAGAAGAAAAUGUUGUUAGUCAGGGAAGCAUCUCCUAUGACUAAAGUUAAUGAGAAAGGAAGUCAUUUCAUCUUUAAGAAGUCUCGGAUGCAUAAAUCCAUGGCAAAAACAGUUGAUCAGGUACAAGCAUUCUCCUCUGAUUUGGUCGAAGACUAUGAUGAGGCCCACGAGGGACAUAAUUUUGUUGAGAAUCAAUUUGGAUACAUUAACCAAAUGGAAGAGACCCACAGGUUAGACCCGAACAAUAUUUUUGAGUCUGAAACAAGAGAGAGCAUAGAUGGAGUGACUCUGGGAAAAGACAAUGCAGUUGAACAUGGUUGUUGCUAUUGUAGCAAGAAUGCACCUGAUAUGUUUGAUGGUCAAGAACCUGGUACUGAGGAAACUCAUGUUGGUGAGAAGGAUACAGCAAUUAGGCUUUCCCCAGGGAAUACUGUCCGAGGCUCCACUGUCAGUUCAGACAGAAACUUCUCUUCAGAAUCCCAUGAGCUCGGUACUUGUUCUGAUAUCCGAUCCAUUAACUUGUCAUCAAUUGGAAAACAUAAAAGACCUAUGUGUGGAACUGAAACACAUACUGGACCCACUGAACUAUAUCUUACUGAUGACCUAGAGAUGGAUUUUGCAGAUGAAAUUGGUAGUUUUAGUACUGGAAAAACUGAUCGUUCAUCAGAAGCAGGUUUGAAGGUUAGACUUGAAAGCUCACUUUCUGAAGUUGAUGUAAUACCUAUACCGGGACCACCAGGAUCAUUUUUGCCAAGUCCUCGGGGUUCAGAAGUUCUCCAGGGAAGCUCAUCACAUAACUCAAGCAGGGUUUCAUCUUUUCAAGACAGAUAUUUUCUUGCUGAUAGAGAUUUAUCUGGAUCUCCUGUUUCUGCAACCUCCUCCAUCUCUCAUCCUCACAUGGAAGGAACUGAUUUAAAACAUUCAGAGCUGGAGUCCCAUGCAAGAUCUCCUCUAGUUCAAGACAAAAUUGCUUCCUUUUCAUACUGUAGCAACAAUCCAGUUGUGAGGGAUUCAACAAUAUCUCCAGGCAUGGUGAGUAUGGAUGGAGUAGAAAGAACCAAUUUCGAAAGGGAGAAUGUAAAGUUCACUAUGAUCUCUCCAUCCAUGGGCCCACUGGAAUAUUUAGCUGAUCAGACAUGCUGUUGCUCAAGAAAGGAGGGUACAUCUCGAGGUGCUGCCCUAGUGCAUGAAAAAUCAACCUCCCCAGGGCAAUGUAGGAAGACCCCAGCCAUUCUUAAUGCCAUGGGAAAUCAGAUGAUUAGCGAGCAAAGUACCAGGCCUGAAAUGCUUGCUUCUUUCAGCAUUUGCCCAAAUUCGAGAAUUGAUGAGAUGCUGGCCCCCGUCUUAGAAUUGCCUACAAGUCCUAUUGCUUUGAAAAAUUCUCUUGCAGCUGCUUUGAACUUCCCAGGUCUCAAUGAUUCAGAUUUCGCUUCUCCAUCCGCUCAUGCUCAUCCUCAGACCACUUCUCAUCCUGUUCUUAGGUUAAUGGGCAAGAAUUUAAUGGUGGUAAACAAAGAUGAAGACACAUCCAUGAAACUCAGAGAGAUUAUGCCAGGGGCACCAAGUGGUGGUCCAAAUGCAAACUAUUUGGCUCUUCUUGGAUACUCUAAUGUUAAUGCCCCCAAUGAGGACUGUGUUUCAAAUUAUCACACAACCACAAAAGGUCCUGUCAUUGGCAACCAGGAUUCCUGCAAUACAUCCUCCCAAUUUUAUGAUUUUGGUUUACCAAAUGGGUUCAGAGAUCUCUGUAAUUCUGAGGCACACCAAAAGCUCCCACUGUCACAAGGUGUAAAUUGUUCUAACAUGCCUGUGGGAGGCUCUGCAGCGUCUUCAUUGCAGCAUCAUUUGUUGCAUCAGGAAGAGGGGUUGAAUAGGAAACCAAAUCCUCCAUUUACUUACGUGGAUAGAGUUUUUUCAUCUCCACAACCCCAACAACGGAGUGCUGUUCCUGCCACUGAAGCUGUUGCCGGUCCCAUCCAUGAGGUGAUUAUCAUUGAUGGCUCUCCAGAAAAUGAUGCUGAUUCAAGAAUGAGAAAUGCAAAACCCACUGAGGGGUUAAGGGGAAGCCAGCCUUCUCCAGUGGGUAUCCUGGCUUCAACUGCAUCUGGUUCUAAUUUGACACAGGUGAGUCCAUUUCCUUGCUUUCAGUCACGGAAUGCUUAUAUGCUGAGGCAACCACCAGUAAGGCCCAAGCCCAGUUUUCUCGUAUCAUGCCCUGGAGGAGAUGCAAACCCUGUGAAGUGGAAAGGUACUUUCGAAGUCUCCAGUGCAUUAUCGCGAGGUCCUGUCAUUGCUCCACAAGCUCGACGGGUCAUUUGAAACCUUGAGCAAGGCACUCCAACAGGCCUUCUCUUUGCUGGUUAAGUGGUCCCUUAAUCGGGAGUCAGUACUUUACAGGCACCUUUGAUGCAUUACCAGGACUCGGCA